ACCGAUAAACAGCACCGUCACAAUCAAUAAGAAGAGCGUUUGGUAAUGCUGUAAAUCUUACGUUUACUUUGUGUCGGUUUCGCUCCCAUGUCGACUUAUCGCUCUGUUGGCGUCCUGGAUGGAACUGAUAGUCCGGUUCUGUCGUCCAGAGGUACACAAAGAAGCACCCUCUCUGCAUCUAAAGUCAGACCAUGGUUUGACAACGAAGGCCUGGAACUUAUAUCCAACCCCGGAAGUGGCAAUGGAUCGCGUCAUCAAACUCCUACACCGCCAAUUGAAACAGAAAUCAAACCAUUUAAGCCCACUCAAAAUGGCUUGCUACACUUUUCAGCUGAUGCGUCUCUUUUAAAUACGGGAGAUAUAAACGCUCUUGACGAUGAAGGCCUCUCUGCUCUUCACCGAGCCGUCCGUCUUGACGAUGUGGAGGGUGUGACGUCUUUGUUGGAUAAUGGUGCAGAUAUUAACAUAUUGGGCAUGAGUGGACAUACACCCCUUCAUGCUGCUGUAAGGUUUGAAAGAUCUAGGAUUGUCCAACUUCUGCUGCAAAAAGGAGCUGAUCCUUUAAAAGAAAACGAAAAUCACUUGACACCACUUCAUUUAGCUGCACGAAAGGGUUUAACAGAGAUAUCCCGCGCUAUGUUGAAAGACUCUAGAGUAGGACCUUCCGCAUUAAACAAGGGGUGUAUCACACCUUUCCACUGCGCCUGCUUAGGUGGAAAUCCGGAGGUGUGUGCAUUACUUUUGGACGGUGGUGCCGAUGUAACUUCCAAAGUAUUUAGCACGACUCCCGCCUUAAGUUUAGCUGCUUGGCAGGGCCACGAAGAGGCUUGCCAACUUAUCAUCGAGAGAGCUUCCAAAAGACUGCCAUCUUUAAUUGACUUUGUCAACGAACGAGACGAAGAGGGCAAAACUGCUCUUCAUAAAGCCUGUGAUGGUGGUUUCGAACGAAUAGUUGACUUGCUUUUACGUAACGGUGCAGACAGUAAUGCGGUGGACUGGGUAGUAUGCAUGUCUCCUCUUCACUCAGCAGCUAAAUAUGGUCACUUAGCGGUGGUCGAACUACUUAUCUUAAACGGUGCCGUUAUUGACGCCAGAAACGGUCGCCUGCAGACGCCCUUGCAUAGUGCCGCAGGAUUCAAUCACGGCAAGAUAGUCGAACUACUUUUGGAGAUUGGGGCGGAUCCGGAAGCCCGGGAUACGUCAGGAAUUACACCCUUCCUACUUGCAGUGACCCAUGCAGCAAGCUACAGUGUACAGGUUUUGUUAGACAAAGGGGCAGAUAAAACAGCUUUGGACUCUUCUUUAAAUAGCUGCCUCCAUUUGGCUAUCAAUUACUGCAAGACGGAGAUGGUGAAAACCUUAUUAGGAAAAGACAAGGAUACAUUGUUACAGCUUAAGGACAAACACCUGAAAACCGUAUUCCAUUUAGCUGCUGGCAUGAAAGAUUCAGAGAUUUUGGAAAUUCUUCUACAAGAGAAAGACACAUCUCCUUUAUGCCAGCGUGACGUAAAAGAAAGGCUUCCCCUUCACAUCGCAGCUGAAAAAGGCUCAAUCCAUUGUGUCGAGGCUCUCUCCAGGUGCCAUGGAUUUUCAUUUCACACCCAGCAGACGGAUGAAAUUGGAAGGACACCUCUACAUCUAGCAGCUAGUAACAAACACGCGGAAACAUGCAGAGUCUUACUGAAAAAUGGCGCCGAAGUUUUUCAAAUGGAUGCGAGAGGUUUUACUGCACUUCACCACGCAGUAGAAGCUGGAUCACUGCAGACCGUUAAAAUUUUGCUAGACUGCCGUUUGCCAAGUACUUUAGAACGAGUAGAUUUAAGCAACAACACACCACUUCACAUAGCGUGUAUGCACAAUCGUCCUGAUAUUUUAAGUUUCCUGCUGGACCAAGGAGCUAACGUUACAGCCAAGAAUAAAAGGAACAUGACUUGCCUUGAUGUGGCCGUUGAAUGGGAAGCGAGCGAAGUUGCCAUGACGUUAAUGAGGCAUCCAAGAUGGGAAGAGGUGCUUAAUUACUACCCUGACGAUGGUGUCUGCUCAAUGGAUAAAUUGAUCGAAAAGCUGCCGAAUGUGGCAGAAAUUGUUCUCGACAAUUGUAUAAGUUACAGUCCUCUUCCUCCAUCACACGAAGAUUUUUCUGUAAGGUUCAACCUCCUUCCACUAGAUCCCAACACGAAUUCGGGAUGCAGUAAUUACUUUGGACCAGCGUGUAUGGCAAAACAUCGGCGAGAAAAGUUACUGAAUCAUAAUGUCACCCAAGCUUUGCUGAGAUGGAAGUGGAUGAUUCUUGGAAAGUUCGUUACUUUCUUCAACAUGUUAGUAUUUGCUGUUUUCGUCGCCUUGUUUUCAAGCUUCAUUGUCAAAGAAAGAGAAAAAGUAAAACUUUCACAUGCUUCGAAGGAUGAGAUAGCAAUUGUUGAAGACAAUGAUAGCUUCCUGAGCCACACACCAUGGAUCAUAAUUAUAUUUUCAGUUGUUCAGCUCGUCAAAGAGCUUAUCCAAAUGUUUUGGCUUCGGUUGUCGUACUUUAAAGAUCUCACAAACUUAUUUGAACUUAUCAUGUUUGCCUUCGUGUGGAUGUUCACCCUUUCUUCCAUCUCGGAAUCGUUUUCCUUAACCGCGGAAGUGCGAUGGUCGGUCGGGGUAUUGGGAUUAUUUAUGUCCUACAUCAGUUUGACAUUAUAUUUUCGUCGUUUUGGUGGACUUGGCUUAUACGUAACAAUGUACGUUGAGGUACUCUUUACCUUUGUCAAAGUGAUAUCCACUUUCAUGAUCGCCCUGACUGGUUAUGCCUUGGUUUUCUACGUACUACUAAAGGAACAGGGUAAUUUCUCAGAUUUUUGGUUCUCAACGGCAAAGAUCCUUGUGAUGAUGGUUGGGGAACUGGAUUAUACAGACAUGUUGGUUGAACACGUUGUAAACAACCAGACAGUACCUGGGACAAGUUUCCCAUAUGUUCCUCUGCCGAGACUAACGUUUGCGCUUUUCUUAGUGUUCAUUUUGAUGGUAUCCAUUGUGCUAGUCAACUUGUUGGUUGGUUUGGCGGUUGGAGACAUUGAGUCUAUCCAAAGGACAGCAAGUCUACGAGCUUUAAUAGAUCAGGUGUUUUUGGUUGACAGCAUCAUGAAGUCGUAUCCGAAGUGGAUUCUGCGAAGGAUUCACAAAAGUUCGUUGGAAAUAAAACCAAAUCAAAAAAAUUUCCUGAAAAGGGUUCUCCUCGCUGGUUCAGAUGUUUCGGGUCGGGAGUUCAUUGAACUGCUCAUAAGUCGCAAAUCAGGUUCGACCACCCCAGAGCAGGCAAGGGAUGAAACACAAGGAGAGAGCAUCAGAAACCUACAGGCCACGGUAGAAGCUCAGGGGAGGCUUCUUCAAGCGAUGGCUGAUAGGUUAAGAAUUAGAGAGUAAAAUGUUAUUCCACUGAAUUCAGCGUAAUUUUCAAAAGGAAGCUUCGUGAGUAUUAUAUAAAGUAAACUUAUUCCGCUCUCUAGAUCUGCAGCGAUUGACAGAUGGUUCAGGCGACAGUGUAUGUAAGGUUUGCUUAAGUGUAGCCGUGAUCAACUCGAACUGAAGCAGACUAUGUAAAUGAAAUUUACUAGCUGCGUUAUGAAAAUAGAUACUCAGCAUCAGCUCAAAACUGUUUUUGCGCGCUGAUCUUGAGACCUUCCAAUGAAGUAUAGUUCCUCCUAUCCGUGGAUAGCCACUACGAGAAGAAUCGCUUUCUUGCCACUCCGAAAUCCACCCGCUGCUCUAUCAUCACCAACGUGUGGGUUUCCUCUUCAAGAAAAACUUAAACACGAUGCCACCCAUCGGCUCUGAAAUUUAUUUGGAAAUUUUUGAUACAAAGUCUGCCACUAUAGAGGUACCACUAUUCACCCAUAGGGCAGUAGGCGGAAAUUUUUCGUCUAUCUUAGCCGGAUUCGUAAGAUGCUUAAAAAAUACAAACUAUCAAAAUUUUCAUCAUCAGCUGAAGUUUUCAACAAUUAUUUGCCUGUCUGCUUACAAUAAAAUUUUUGAUUUACUGCUGUAACUAAGCUGGAGUGUAUCUAAAGUUAAGCCACCAGCGAGGAUUUUUUAAUGAUGGAAUUAUUGGCAGAGCGUUUCCCAUUAUACUUUAGAGGAAACGUGCCCGUUUUACUUAUUUUAAGAUGAUGUUCCGAAAAAUUGGGUAAUUUCAUUGAUAAUCUCAUACACGAGCUAAAGUGGUUAUAGCAGUGUGAAAUAUUAUCUAAUUAACCAACAUCGCAGCCAGACUAAGGGCUCCUGAGACACAAAGUACUGACAAGUUCUGAUUGGCCUUGUUUAAAAUAACAUCUUUACGUAGACAACGUGGACACUUCUCGCGAUGUAAAAUUUAACUCCUUAAAUAUUUGUGAAGCCUCUUCGAGUAGAGGGUCGCAUGGGUUUUAAAAUUCAUGUGCGACAAUCUGCUGGUCUUAAUCUCUUCUCAACAGGUGUAAGGCAAAGGUGCGACCUCUUACUGAUUUUUUUUAUGUUUUGACCACCCGUUUUAAAGAUCUUGUGUCCUUACGGUACGUGACUUUCACCAGUGCCACGCGCGCAAAGUCUUGCUAUACCUGAGGCUAUUCUUAACAUGAGAUAACAGACUGUAGACACUUGGGCUCACUCUGUUUGGAACAUUACCAAAAUUUUUCAGUGACAUACAUUGCCACGUCGAUUCUAUUAUAAAUAUAUUUCUGUUUUUCCUCUUUCAAAACCAAGUUGCUGUGUUUGAGAACAGAAUGAGUUAGCUUUCCAUUACUCGAUAACAACAUUCUGGUGCUAUAUCCACCUAACACUAUGCUGCUAAACACCAGCUAUAUUUCUAAGCAUCAAAGUUUUUUCCAUGAUACAAACUACCACCAUUGAAACAAAUCUCCGAAUGUGCCAUGUUACUAUGAAUCUUUACCAUUAAACUCUUCUCUUUG